UUGAUUUUUUUUGUCUGACUGCAUCUUGAAAACCAAAUUCUUGGUCACCUUACUCAAUUUCUAUUUGUUUCUACAACCUUCCUGGACCACCCACCCCCUCCCCUUUUCUCUGGCCAGUGGCCGUGGGGCCGUGAUGUUUCUCCUGACUCUGGAUUGUCCUUUUGUUAACGAUAAAAUUUUUUAGCAAAGCCACCUCAAGUGCGUCAGCUCUCAUAAGUGACACAAGUAAAAUGUCCAUGAGUAUGCUAAGCUGGUCACAAUUAUGUUAUUACGUUGGUAUUCUGAAAGCUCCAGCCUGUUCCAAAGGGACAAUGCUGCUUUAGUGGAGCUGUUUUUUGACAGGAGCUAAAGAGUUGUUUUGUGGAGUUCUUCUUGAAAUAAGUCUUUUCGCUACUCGUCAGCCGUUGAACAGGUUUUUGCAGAUAUUGAAGAAGAUUUUCCUAAAAAUGAUUUUCCCACACUUUGCUCUUGUUCGUUUUUAUUGAACCUAGUUGUCCUAUUUUGCAAGAAUCUCAAUCAUAAAAGUAUUAACCAAUCUUUAACUUUACGAUUUUGUAUUUUGGGAUUGGGCGACUUACAUAUAUUAUAUUAGCGUCAUACUAACAUCCAAGAGUCAAUGUGUGUUGGCAACCCACCAGGAACCAUUUCGCACUCAAAAUUUGAAGUGCGUACCAGAUCUUAAACUUCCUGGACUAUGAAAUGGAAAUUACUUGUUUGUCGUUAAAAUGCCAGUUCAUUGGAUAAAUUGCGAUCCAUUUUAAUGAUGUUUUUACCAAUGCUCCAAGUUUGCUCAUAUCUAGUUUUAAAUUACAUAUCUGCACAAAAAAUCUCAACUUACUCUUAACUGAAGUUGUUCUUUUUCGACUUUUAAUAAUCCCUUCCCGGUAGCCCUUUUUUAAAAAUAAGAGAAACUUUUCUUCUCGCACUUGGUAUUUGUUCAGAACAUGUGUCUUCUUCCUUUUAUAGUAUUAUUUUGAUGUCUCUAGGUUUGAGGUAAUCAAAUAACCUAACGAUUCAUACAACAUAAAGUUGACUACUUAACUAGAUGUCUAAAGUUGUUGUGAUAUCUAGCGCUGGAGCUACAAUUUACCUUCUCAAACAUGGCUCUGGCAAUCUUGUUGCAAAAAAGUUUAUCAAUACAUAUAAAGGACUGGGAGAUUCACGUAGGUUUUCUAAUUCAUAGCCCCUUGUUACUACAGAAGUUCACUUCAUUUCCUUCAUUUUGCGCUUAGUGUUGAACAGUUAGUACAUGCUUUGGAAAAUUUCCUCUUUUCUUUUACGUGAGAGCUGCACAACUUAUCCUACUCAGGAAGUUCCGCGUUUACCUAUGACGUUUUCCAAUAAUCCAACUUUUAUGUUUUCUGUUCUCGACAAAUUAGAUUAUUUCCAAAUUAAAACCGUUUUCUAGGACUUAAUUUGGAACUUUUUUCCUUUAAAUUUUUGUGAAGUUUUGUGGUCAAAAAUCGUCAUUGACAAGUUCAGCCAUUGACACGGGUAACCCAUAUCAUAUCCAUCAUAUCAUGAGGUUAAUUCUUCUCUUCGAACUAAAUCAAAAUUCUCUCACUGGAAAGAGAAAGGCCAAUAUUUUUAGUGUCAAAGAGCAUAGUUUAAAAUCAGAAGCAGAAGAAGGUUUUCAAACUUUCUUUCCGAAUCAUGUUUACAUGGCAAAUCGGGUCAAUUAAUUUUGCAUCUAGAUAUUUACAUAAGAACGAUGUUUGCUAUUGAUAAAACUCACAGGGAAGCUUUGGAUACAUAUGAUGAAAUUCAACAGUUUCUGUCAUGGUUUCUUUUCUACUCAUCUUUAUCACCAUAUAUGGAAUGUUUAUUUAUCAUUUAUUUAGUUUGAUGAAGAAAGGCCGUGUUGGAUGGAUUGCAUACUUGUCAUGAUUCAAAGCGUUAUUUGAGCGACAUGUUUUUAUCGUUUAUCGUAGACUUUAGUCACCAAUUAAAUGACAAGAACUUCUUUUAAAAUUCAUUAAUCUUUACCAAGCUGUCAGCCUUUCCACCUUUUCUACUUUCACAUUUUGGUUCUUACAGUUAUUUUGUUAAUUUCCGUAAAAUUAUGAUUAACACUAUGGUAUGUGCAUUCGAUUAACACUUUGUUUUUUCUAUCUUCAUCAUGUUUCCCUUUAUUGAUUACGAUUUCUGCUUGAGGAUUUAAGUGUAUUUACUUGGAUUUGCUUAGAUUUAAAAUAUCUUCUUUUGUGUGAAUUCAUGAAUAAUAUAAGAUUAAAAUAUCCCUCGCUUUGAUUUGGGAAAUGGCGUUUUAUGUCUUUGCAAAUUCAAGGCUCAAUGUUACUGUGAAGGAAUAAGAAAAACAUCGAAUCUAGAGCUAUUAUUCUCUCUGUGACUAUGGAUUCACCCCACCCAGAUUGCCAGCCAACGCCAGGCUAGUCAUGACGAUUGGAAUCUUUAUAUUUAACUCAUAUGUGCCACUAUAAACCAACAAUACAACCACACUCUCUCUAAUUACACAACAAAUAGUGGCUCAUUUCAACAUAAAGAAGGGGUGGGCAAGAGAUUAAAUGGAAUUUCCUCGCCUUUGUGCUCAAAUUCAAGAGAGGUUUCCUUGGCCAUUAAUUUCUGGCAGUUCAGACAGGUCAGCUGCAAAUGACUCACAUGAAUAUGUUGUCACUGCGCAAUAUAAUUAUUGUAAUACUGAAUGCUCGACUGCGCAGGCAAUAUUUCAUUCAUAACAGGCUAUAUAGUUCGUUAGAGCUAAAGUCAAAGGACAGGGUCGAGAGGACAAAGCGUCACUCGCCUUUGUUUACAGUGAGACGCCCGGUGCUGGAUGCAUAUAUAAACUCGAAGUACACUCGUUGUACACUUCAGUACUUCCAGGGACCUUACGAGUUCACAAGUGAUUUUCAUACAACUAUCAGAGACAAGCUGACGAAGAAAUAAGAAGAGACAUUUUUCUCUUUGUUACAUCCGGAAAAAGAUUAAUCGGACUAUUUUCCAUUUAUAUUUAUCUUGAUAUUCUGUAAUUUUGCUGUUUUGGGUCGUGGGACGGUACAUCGUUUUUCAUACCGAAGGCAAAACUGCUUCUGUCCGCAUGGUUUGGUUAAGCGAUUCUUCUGAUGAAAUGGAGCUGCCGAAAGGUCUGCCUUUGGACUGUUCCCCAUACCUUUCGGGUCUGAAGACAAGUCCGACUUACCAACCUUAUGAGACAACGGCUUCCUUCUCUCCUAAUGGACGCCAAUCGAUGCAAACAAAUGCGACGUCGAACUUUCUUGCGAAUCGUUACGGCAGUCAAAGUUUCCACGCGCAAUUUAGCGAGCCGACCACAGCAGAACUAAAUUUGCCCGAACCGUGCUCUACGACAGCGAUAGACAGUUCGUUUUCGCAACAAUCAACGGCAUUUGGCGAAGCUGCGAUGAUAUCGUCAGCACAGCAAGUCACAUCGCAAAGCUUAAUGUAUAACUCAAACUUUUACGGAUCGCAACAGAACUACAUGCCCUGGCAGCAGUAUGGCAGCAGUGGCAGUUCUGGAUACCCAGGGUAUACCUACAUCGCGCAAGGACUAUCAAACCCUAGUGGCUAUGGCUAUCCUGUAUUAAACAAUGCAUCGCUAGCUGCUGGAGUCCCUUGGCUUUAUCGCGACGUGGACGCAAAGAGAAAACGAAUGACGUACUCGAGAAAACAACUUUUGGAACUGGAAAAAGAAUUUCACUACAAUCAUUUCGUCAAGAAAGAUCGUCGUGCUGAACUGGCCAAGAUGCUGAAUCUCACGGAAAGGCAGAUAAAGAUUUGGUUUCAGAACAGGAGAAUGAAGUUCAAGAAAGAAACCAGACGAGCACAGGAGAAAAUGGAACGCGGGGAAAGUGGGUCUGCUAAAGAAAGAAAAAGAAAGUCUGAGGCUGAUGAUAAGAAAAAGGACAUAAAAACAGAAUCAUCGCCAAUAGACAGUUUUCCAAUGAUCAAUAUGUAGAUUAUGUUGUUACCGAAUUUAAUCUAGAUUGUUUUGUCAGCGAGAGCUGCUGACUACCACAACGAUGGCCACAUUUCAUCAUAGGUGUCGUCACAACAGGCUAUCUUCGUUCCCAGUCCCUUUAUCUGCGCGUGCUUUCGACAAAUUUGCGAAUUCUUCCCUUCUCAAAGUAACUUGCUAUAGAGGCUAUGGGCUGUGGAUCUCAAUUUUCUAGCAACGGAGAGCAUUAAAACAGCAAGAUAAACCGCCUUUUGAUGUUAUUUAAUGCUAGUGAAUCCAUUAUAUUGAUUGCUGGGAUUGCGAGGCAAUAGCUUGACGUCGCCUGAUUUCCUUAGUGUAGUUAUGCUACACUAGUUUUGCCAAAAUUUCAACCUAUAAGGUUCCCGAAAAGAACCAAAAACGUUAUUGGAGGCGACCAAAAAACAUUCUUUCUUAAAACGUUUCUCUUCUAAGAAAAUGGUGAUUUCAUACCUUUUUGCAGGCCAUUUCGCUAUAUCCCCUUGAUUAUGCGAGCAUUACAUAUCAUCUCCUUAGUAAUUCCUACUAAUUUCCUAUGUUUUGUGAUGCAGUGAAAGCUUCUAUAUGUAAAGGUCAGUUCUGUAAAAAAGUUAAUAUUCCAGCGAUGUGAUUUACUGUGUAAAUUUUGUAAGUUUAUUUUAUAUGAGCUGGUUUCAUAUUUUAUAUUAGACUAACUCUAAAUUAAAGUUUGAUGUUAGAAACUUCUGUACUAUGUAUUUAUGAAAAAUAUCUAUUUAAAGUAGCGUUAAUUUGUCCGAAAUUGAGUUGAAAUCUCUAAUAGUUA